AAGUUUCGGCCUUUGAGGACUUGGGUUUGAUCCUUGAGGCCGAGAUCUUUCUUUUUUCUGAAGAAGCUUCUUGUUAAUUUUGGUGGUUUAGUUUAUAAGACCGUUGAGCUUCAGAGAUAUAUGUUUGGAUUCAUAAGUGAUCGCAUAAGACGUUCCUAUUGGCCAGAAGUGAAUUGUGGUCUACCGGGGUAGCGUUUUGUUGUGUCUUCAGUAGUUAGGACAGUAGAGAUGCCUCCUUCCCCGGCAUUGAGAUGCUCUCCUGGGAGGGAACUUCCUGGGAAGAAACACAGGCGAGGACACAGCAUUGAAUAUGGGAUACUAUUUAGAGAUAAAGACGAUGAUCUUGCCUUGUUUAGUGAGAUGCAAGACAAAGAAAGAGAUAGUUUCUUGCUUCAGUCAUCUGAUGAUCUUGAAGAUGUAUUUUCUACAAAAUUGAAGCACUUUUCGGAGUUUACCAUUCCUGUUCAAGGAGAGAGUAGCAGAUUGCUGACUGCAGAGGGAGAUAAGAAUGACUAUGAUUGGUUGCUGACGCCUCCAGACACACCACUUUUUCCUUCAUUGGAUGACCAACCGCCAGCAGCUAGUGUUGUGAGAAGAGGGAGACCACAGAGUCAGAUUUCGUUAUCUAGAUCUUCCACGAUGGAGAAGAGCCGCCGUAGUAGUAAGGGCAGUGCAAGCCCAAAUCGCUUAAGCACAUCGCCUCGAGCUGACAAUAUGCAGCAGAUAAGGGGAAGGCCAUCUUCAGCACGCCAUCCUAGUCCAGCGUCUGGUCGACGAUCAGGUACCCCAGUUAGGAGGAUUUCUCCUACUCCAGGGAAACCCUCAGGACCUGUAUCAAGAUCUCCGACCCCAACUUCGCGAAGGAUGAGCACUGGGUCAACUACCGUGGCAUCGCCAGCUGUCAGGGGAACUUCUCCCGUCAGUUCUAGUCGAGGCAACUCUCCUUCACCCAAAAUAAAAGUGUGGCAGUCAAACAUUCCUGGUUUCUCCUUGGAUGCGCCACCAAAUCUCCGAACUUCUUUGGGUGAUCGACCAGCAUCCUAUGUAAGAGGUUCCUCGCCAGCAUCCAGAAAUGGUAGGGAUGCAGUCUCUACACGCAGCAGAAAAUCUGUUUCUCCAAGCGCUUCCAGAAGUGUCAGUUCAUCUCACAGUCAUGAGCGUGAUCGGUUUAGUUCUCAUAGUAAAGGCUCUGUAGCAUCAUCUGGAGAUGAUGAUCUUCAUUCUUUACAGUCUAUUCCUGUAGGUGGCUCAGAACGUGCAGUUUCAAAAAGAGCUAGCCUUUCUCCAAAUAGUAGAACUUCUAGAUCUUCGAAAUUACUGUCACCUGGUUCAGCACCGAGAAGGCCGUUUGAGUCUGCUCUACGUCAAAUGGAUCAUCCUAAAAGCCAUCAUAGCAUGUUUAGGCCUCUUGCUUCUAGCCUUCCUAGUACAGGCAUUUAUUCUGGGAAAGGUAGUUCGUCUUACCAUCACAUUAUGUUAAGACAUUCUACGGCAACAGUGGGGAGCAAUUCAAGUUCUGGCCAAGUUACAGGAUUCAUGCCAGAUGCUAAAGGAAAUGAUCCAGUCCCUGUAUUCCAAUCUGAAGUUGAAAAUUUGGCUUAUCCUGAUAAACAUGGAGAAAGUACUGCCUUUAGCAUGGUAAAUUUAUCAAAUGAAAGUAGUAGACAUGAGAGUCAUGAGAGUUCUUUCAGUGAUCAGCUUGGGGAUAUGGAUCAAGGUUAUGUUGUUGAAUGCGAGUCUAGCGUGAAUGAGGAGGCCAGUCACCAUGUUUUUGAUGUUGAAAGCAGUUCGACUCAUGGUAGUCUUCAUGUAGGCAAUGAAUUUUUAGAAGGGGUCGUUCUUGAAACUACGGAGGUUUGUGGUAGAUGUGGUUCUCACUAUCGUGCCACUGAAGAACCUAGAAGCGAGAUAAAUAUUUGUCCAGAGUGCAGGGAGGAACACAGUUUCGUAGAAACAGAAUCCCCUGGAACAAUGAGAGCUCUUGAUGAAAAUUCCCCAAAGCAGUCUCAGGAAAUUUUCGAUGAAAACAGAUCAUAUUUUGAAAACAUUCCUGUGAUAGAUGUGCUAGAUUCGCUGCCUGUUGUUAUGGUUGAGGAAGAGAUCAUGGAGACACGAGAAAAGAUUGAGCAGUGUGAUAAUUCCUACGAGCAAGAACAAUAUCAUCUGCAUGAGAGAUCUAUUUCCAGGGCUUUGGAAGAGCAAAAUGUGGAUACGCUCCGUUACCAGGAUGGAACUCAGUCUUCCACUGGCUGUGGUCCUUUAAGUAUAGGCACAAAAGAUACUCAAACUCAGCUUUCUGAUAAGCAUUAUGAUGUGAAGAUUGGUUCUUCAGGACUUGGAGACAUUCCUUUGCUUAUAAAGAGAUCGGUCAGUAUGAAGUCACCUGUUAUUCAAGCUAAUAACUCCAGUUGUUUCACCAGAUCAUAUGAGGGCUUUUCUUAUUCAAGGGAUAGAAGUAUUAGUCUUAGAAGCUCCACGGAAACUGCUUCUGCAUCUUCAUCUUGGGAUUAUGGUUCUUCUAUAAGAAAGGGAAUCCAUAUACGACAACGAAGCGGGAGUACACUUGACUUGGAGACUCAUAGGUAUGAUACCAACUCCAAGUCUCUGAGCUCCAUGUCAUCUUCAUCUGGCAUGUCAAGCCACGCUUUGCAGGCUCUAAAUGUCAUGCCAGAGGACAGUUUUGAAGUGUGUGCUGCCCAAAUGGCAUGUACACACGAUGAAACUCAGCAAGAAUUUCACACUGAACUUCAAGAUUCGGAGUAUAAAGAAACCAAUGUGAUGAGUGCUGAUUUCAGUGAAGUUGGUAUUUCCGCCGAUGUAGUUGGUAAUCCUGCAGAGCAUAAUCCGGUGGUAAUUGACGAUGAAUUUUGUGAAAAUGGAGAUGAUGUAGCCAAUACUGUGAUAAGCAAGGGGGAGACUAGAGAAUCACCAGCACAUGUAAGGAGCAUGUCAGAUUUAGGAGCAUCACCUAUCACUGAUGACUGCCCUUUAAAUGACCACUCUAGGCUACAAGAAAAUGAUGGUAAUGAAACUCCUAAUGGUUUAUCCACCACGACAGCCUCAGAAAUAGAACCUGAGAGUUGUGAACCCGAAACACCUGGUUUAGGGGUUCAUGAUGAAAUUCCAGAGUCAGAGUGCAACCUAAAUGCAGUGGAUAACUGCUCAGAAAAGAGUAUGGUGCAUGCUUCUGUGGAUCACCACAACUCCUUGGCUCCUGUAAAUGAAAUUUUAGAUGAGUCCACUGUACUUGUGGAGUGUCCCGGUGGAAAAGAGCCGAGGAGCCUCACGCUUGAAGAAGCCACUGAUACAAUACUUUUCUGCAGCUCCAUUGUUCAUGAUUUAGUUUACCAGGCUGCAACAAUAGCAAUGGAUAAAGCAAAGGAUGUGCCAGUGGAAGAAGAAAUGUUACAUCCAACGGUGACAGUACUUGGAAAGUCAAAUGCAAACAGAAAUAGUUAUGGACUUGGCGGCGGAACAAAGGCGAAGAAAAAGAGUUCCAAAUCUGCAAAAGCAAGUCGAAAGCAAACAGAAACAGAGGAGAAAACAGAAGUGGAAAUAGAGAAUGAUGAAAAUGCAGGUGAAGCAGUGAUGAUACGUAACGUUGGAGUUCCUCCUAGUAAAGGAGAGAACUUGAAACCUCCUCCUAAGCUGGAAUCCAAAUGCAAUUGCUCAAUAAUGUGAUAUGACCCACUCUUUGAUCAUUUUUUUUGUAUUACUAGUAAAUUUUUAUGUUGUUUGUUCAUAAAGUUGGUGCUUGUUC